GUCCCAGUACAAUGUAGAUGAGAAAAGGAUGCAGGAAAUUCUGUUGUUUACACAUGUGUCUGUUACACUGAGAAGCAAGAGGAGCCCAGCAAACUGACAGGGAGUGAAAUUAGAUGAUGAAUCAAAACAUGAAUUUAGACUCCAUUCAGAAACAAAUGGAAGAGAUAGAGGUUUUUGGGACCCAACCAACACAACCUGAUAAAUUAGAUAGAUGUUGGCAACCAGGUGACCAUCUGCAUCAUUCAAAUCUUCCAUCUCAAAGUUUCUACCCAUACUCCCCUCAUUAUGCACGUAUGCAUACAAAUUGCAGCAGUGAUUGGGAAAUUUUUGAAGCAGUAAAAAUUCAGGAACUGGAAGAAGUCAAAGCCAGAGCUGCCCAAAUGGAGAAGACCAUGCGCUGGUGGUCAGACUGCACCGCUAAUUGGAGGGAGAAAUGGAGCAAAGUUAGAGCAGAAAGAAAUAAAGCACGAGAAGAAGCAAGACAAUUGAGAAUCAAAUUAGACAGUGUCAUAAAAGAGCUAAGUGUGCUUAAAAAAAUAAAUCAGGAUUUAGUAAGUGAGAAGGAAAACUUAGAAAAUGGAACUGCUUGGAAAACAGAAUACAGUUGUGCAGAAAUAUCUUAUAUUAAAAAAGACCAAAACAUGUUAACUUUUCUGGAACCAGAACCUCUGAAAGACCUUAACAAAAUCACCAAAAUUUCUGGGGCAGAAGACACAAAGAAGGAUAUAAACAAAGACCAAAGCAAUGACAAUAAAAAAUUCACCCAAAAGUUUCCUGAUUUCUUCUCCAAUGGACUUCCCAGCACCUAUUUGGAGGAACCUAAAACAAGUUUGGGUACUACAGCUAAGACAACAGAUAAUGAUUUAAUACAUGUAUCAGUCCUGAAUUUGCAUUUGGCUGAGAUGAAGAAAAUCUUACAGAAGGAAAGAGAAAUGAAUGUAUUUCUGGAGAAAGAAAUGGAAAAGAUGGAAAAUGAGUUAUUUCUUUGGAAAUGGAAAUAUGAAGAACUGAGACAAACCAAGCUGGAAAGCCUGAAACAGAGUAAAGAGGUGGAAGAAAGUGAACACAGGAUUUGGGACCAGACAAAGUUCCUUGUCUGCUGUUGGAGAUUCUACCAUGACAGUGAGUGAAGGUACAGGAGAUCACCAAAAAUCCCUGCAGCAACAAGGCCAACAGCAAAGAGGAGAGGCAAACACUGUUCAUGAAGACGUACAAGAAAAUUUCAUCCAAGAAGUGCAUGUCAGACGAGUGGGAAUACUGUAUGCAUUGUUCCUAUGUAAUCCUGAUUUUUUAUAAGAGCCAAGGAAAAUAUGGUAGAGUCAGUGUGCACCUAUUUAGAAUUUAUGUUGACCAUUGUCAUUCCUUUCCAGUUGUUCUAAUUGUUCUCUUCUAAAGCAAAAGGUGGACUUUAAUUAAAUUUUCCCAUAUUUUACCUUCCUUUGGGAAAAAGCACUUUUGAAUGUGCAUGGCAUAUGAGAGAGGUCCACAUUCUGUCCUGGGAAGACAUUGAGCCUGAAAAUGGAAGUCAAUGGUUUGUUUCUUGCUUUGCUUGUGUGUUUUACUUUCAUACAGCAGUGGGCAAAUAUAUCUGUAUCUCAGGACCCCCAGUUCUACCAGGGUGACUUGCGUAUUGCAUUUUUCUUUCAUUAGAAAAAAGAAGAAGAAGAAAAAAUAUUUUAUUUUAAAUACCCAAAUAUUAUCACAUACACAUUUAGACUAAAGAAAUAUCCUUUCUUUAUGUGUUUCUUGUACUAUAUAGUAGAAAUAAUGCAUAUCAAAUUUACCUUAUUGUCUACAUACCACAUUUUUAUUUAAAUUUUACUUUAUUAAUUGUCCAUGUAAAAAAUUGUAAAUAUCACAUAGGAAGCAAGAUAAAUAUGUUAAGAUAAACUGGAAAAGCAGAUUUUGAGAAUUUUAGAAAAUUCACAAUUUAUAAAAACAACAGCAACUUUCAACCAUCAAGUCAGGUGCAAAUUAUAAUUUUGUUUGCCAUGUGCAAUUGAUAUUGAGUAUGUGCAGCUUCUAUUGCACAAGGAUUGCUGCAACUGCUCAGAAAUAUGUUAUUUUCAUUCUUUAUAUCCCUAUAAACUGAAAACUUUAAAGAGGAUUCUAGUUGUGUUUAAAGCUAUGUCCUUUCUAAGAGGCAACUGUGAGAUCUCUUGAUUUCUUUUGUAACCUAGGACCAUACAAAAAUCAAAAAGUAUUAAAGAUUAUUGAUUACACAGGAAUCACAUUUUUCCCAGGAAUUCUCUGAGCUGCAGAUGGUAGGAAGCUGGGAACUAAAUGUUCUUAUGACCCUCUCUGAGCUUUAGGCUGCUGCUGGAGAUGGGAUGCUAGAGCAGAAGGAUCUAUGUUUUGACUACUUUUAAAAGUUCUUAACCCUCUUUCAUGUUUAUAAUGCUGACCUAAUCCUAACCAUUAGUUCUCAGGACACACUAAGGGAUAUACAAUGAGGGAAUUUUGUCUUUGUUGCCAGUAGCUGAUUCACAAGUUCAUCAACAAGGUACAGAGAUACUGCGAGACAAUUUAUUUUUAAAUGGAGUUUAAACAUGUAAAACUUACAAGAAUUGACAAUAAAAUAAGAUUUGUAAUUCUUUUUUUCAUAAUUCAAACUUCCUCCCUUGUUAGCUUACUGGUUCAAGGUUUUAUAUUAGACAAAAGAUCUCUGGUCUUGUUCCAUGCUUUGUGAAAUGACACACUGACUUUCUCUAAAACUCCAUCUGCUUUUCUUAUGCCAGCAUCUUCACGGCGCCACAGUCUGUGAAAUGGCUGUAUUGAAAAUGUUGAUGUGCACAAUAGGAAUGGAAAGUGCAUAAUUAUUGAUUUUCAAAUGCUGUAACAGCCAAAUAUACUUCUAUGGUUACACUGAAGCACUUGAAAAUAUGGCAGUACCACAUAACAGCUUACUGAUAAAAGCUUGUAUCAUUUAGAUAAGCUUUAGAGACAAGAUCUUUUUUUUUCCCCUCUGACAAGCCAUUAGAAAUAUAUUUCUUUUAGCAAUAAAGUAUGGUUUCAGCAUUGGCCAAAAUAUCAAUAACUUCCAGAGUAUCUUUUCAGCCCACAGUAAUAACUGUGGCUAAAAAUAAAGUCAAAUGAUAUUACAAAUUACUAGGGAAAUUGGGAUUCCAUCUUUCCUGUCUGUAUUUCUAAAUCUGUAGAAAAACAAAUAACCUUUAAUUGGUGCCGGGGAGCAUUUCUGUGCUAACAGCUUGGUAGUGUAACAUGGAUAUUGAGGGAAAUCAAACCAGAAGCUAGUUUCUGCUGCUCUAACUCUGCCAUAAACCCUUUUGUAUGUGUCCACUGCAUUAUACUACCCAGAAGGUGUGAUACACCUGGCUGGCCUAAAAGUCAUGGUGACAAUAAAAUACCGUCACAUGAUGUUAGUUUUAAAAUUUAUAUUCCAGAAUGUCAAUACAGUAUCUUUUCUUUCUCAUGAGGAAAUUUUAGUUUUUUGUGGGGUAGUUAAUAUUCACAUUUAUCCCACACAUGUCUUUGUAAUCACUUAUUGAUCAUAUUUUACUUUCAGGCACCUUCUGAAUAGCACUUCUUAAGUUUUCUUUCUUGCCUCUUAUAGAUCACACAAGAUGCCUUAUUUUUUCGUAAUUUCUCCCUAUUCCCUGAGAUAGAGAAAACUCAGCUGCUUCCAUUGUCUAAAUAAAAUAUUUAUUUCAUCAACACAUACACAGAGAACUUCAGAGGCCUCUGUGAGGCAGUAAACCCAUAAAUUAGUCACUUAAAAGUGAGUCAAGAUAAGAUGAUGCAUGAUUGCCCUGUCUGCAGUUGAGAAUGUUUGAAAAUGCUAAUUUAUGACCUUUCCAUAAUAAUACUAGAAUGUUUCCAGGUCUUAAAUAUACAUCUAUGAUAUUUUCUAUGUACCAGUGUUCCCAUCCAUUCCUCUUCACAUUUUACAUGUGGGAAAUGAAGAUUAACAGAUCUGUGCAGGGAUGAUUUGCUCAAGGUCACCAAGCAUAAUUAUGGGAAAGCCAAGAAAACUCUUAAAUCUGGUUGCAAACAAUUGAUCUGUUCUUCAUCUCUUAAAAUGAGUGGUGCCUAAAACAGUGGGUUGCCACUAGAAAAAUGUCACUAAAUAGUCUUUCCUACUUUUCUUUUUAAGAUAAUAAAUAGCAUGAAUCUUUUAUGUGGAUCAAUUUUACAAACUGAUUGUAAACACAGUGAUAGAAAGACCUGCAAAUAAUUUUCACAGCUGGCAAUUAAACCUUGUUUAAUACUGUAAA